GGCUGCUCGCCGCCCGGUCGCGGCGGGUGGAGGCAGCGGCCGCCAUUGUAGCCGGGGAUGGCGACGGUGAGGCGGUGUCUGUGUCUGUGUCGAUCCGGUGAUCACCAGUGGCCGCUGAAGUAACGGAGACUGGAGAAGAGGUGGCAGGGAGGUAGUGAUACUAAACCACAGAAACAAGGAGCCGCACAAGCUGGUUUACACAAAACGACACACAGUGCUGGAGUAAUUCAGCGGGUCCAGCAACAUCUCGGGAGAAGAUGGAUAGGUGACGUUUCAGGCAGUAUGAGACGCCCGACAGCCAAGUAUACGAAAGUGGGAGAGCGAUUACGGCAUGUUAUCCCCAGUAAUAUGCAGUGCUCCAUGGCAUGUGGUGGUCGAGCAUGCAAGUAUGAGAAUCCAUCCCGAUGGAGUGAUGAGGAACAAGCUCUUAAAGGCUUAUACUCUUCAUGGAUUACUGACAAUAUAUUAGCAAUGGCUCGUCCUUCCACUGAAAUUAUUGAAAAAUACAGCAUUAUUGAACAAUUUAAAAGGCAUGGCAUAAAGACAGUAAUUAAUCUUCAGCGUCCUGGGGAACAUUCACGCUGUGGUAAUCCCUUGGAGACGGAGAGUGGCUUUACCUACCUACCAGAGGUAUUCAUGGCGGCUGGAAUCUAUUUUUAUAAUUUUGGAUGGAAGGACUAUGGUGUGGCUUCUCUCACCACUAUUCUUGAUAUGGUCAAAGUUAUGGCUUUUGCCUUACAAGAAGGAAAAUUGGCUAUUCAUUGUCACGCAGGACUUGGAAGAACAGGCGUCUUAACAGCUUGCUACCUGGUCUAUGCAACAAGAAUGAGUGCAGACCAGGCGAUACUCUUUGUUCGUGCUAAGAGACCAAAUGCCAUUCAGACCCGUGGGCAAUUAUUGUGUAUCCGGGAAUUAUCCCAGUUCCUAAUUCCAUUACAAAAUGUAUUUUCCUGCUGUGAUCCAAGAGCACACGCCGUUACAGUUUCUCAAUAUCUGAUUCGCCAGCGCCACCUGCUCCAUGGAUAUGAAGCCCGCCAACUUAGGCAUGUGCCAAAGAUAAUUCACUUGACUUGUAAAUUGUUACUGGACUUUGCAGAAAAUAAGUUAUUGAUUGAGGAAGAAAAUAUUGAGAUCCCUGAUCUUUCAGCAGAAAUUGAAAAGACUGUUUCACAGUUGGCCAUAAUUCAACUGGAUAACGAAUUUGAUGGCCAAGCCUUCGAUAUGGGGGAUCAUUUUGAGCACACUGUGGUAUCAGCAUCAGAAAUUAUUCCGAAUGAUACAGUACUGGCUAAUGUGCAAGAAUUCGACCCUCUUUGGAAACACAGUGAUGUCGACCUCUUUCAACCCAUGUCCCAUCUUAAAAAACGCCUCAGCUAUAGCGAGUCAGAUCUUCAGAAAGUCGAACUCUUUGCCGAGCAAAGUGAGACACCUUUUACAUCACCUACGCAAAUUGCUUUCUCUAGCAAGUUCCAUCAGCAAAGUUUGUCUCACCUUAACCUGAGACAACCCAGUCCAAUACCGAUGGACACCAAUGAGAUUAGCUCGGCUGUUCUGAAAGUGCCAGAGCUAUGUCUUAUUAAACAAACUCCAUCCAUAACAAACUCCAGUGCCUGGGACUUUCAAAAUCCAUGUAAUGCAAAUGACCAAAGAAUGGGAUCUCCUCUAUUUUUAAGGAGGAAACUUCCAAAAGACAUCCAUAGAACAUUUUCAUUAAGAUCAUCGACUACAGUCGCUGCACUAAAAUACUUGAUCUCUGAGACACCCGACACAGUUAUUUCUUCUUCUUCUCAUGACACCAAUAACAUAAAUGAGAAAGGAUGUACCAAGGUUAACACAUCCAAUAAGCAGAUUGCCAGUGUGUCAAAGGAAAUUACUUCCACUUCUCCAUUCUGUAAAAAAACUGCAGAUCAAACCUCAGCAAUUUACAAAAAUGUGUUUCUGAUUGAGAAUGAAGACAAGAAUAUUAACAGCUCCAUUGAAGAGAUUCCACAUAUUACCCUACACUCAGAAUUAAGCAUUGAAGGAAGAAGAUUAGCAGCAGGAAAAGCUCUGGCAUUUUGCAUGGAUUUUGAUGAAGAUCUCAUAGAUAAAGUUGAAAAGUGGCAACACGAAUUAAAUGUCAGUGAAGGAACUUGGGAAAGAAUCUGUACAGAGAAGAAUCCUUAUGUAUUAUGCAGUCUUAUGUGGUCCUGGCUUGAACAGUUGAAAGAACCUGUUAUAAGUAGGGCAGAUGUGGAAACCUUAGCACACAAAUGUAUGGAUCCCAAUAAAGCCUUUUACUCACUAGAAAAGAAUCAAUAUCAGGCACUGCUUUGCAUUCUUGAUUGUAUGGCACAAUUGCGUGACUUGCCAUUUGAUGUAGAAGAUGCUAUACUUACUCGGGCAAUUAGAGCUUUUACAAAGGUCUGUUUUGAUGCUGAUGAGGGUCCUAAGGUAUACAAUACACUCAGGACAAUAUUAAAGCCGAUCUUACAAGAAAAACGAGCCAAACUCGCAGAUUGUGAAAUUUCUAAUUGAAUACAAAAUUUCGGUUUGCCGAUUUCUUGUGUAGGAAUUUAGGAGCAUUCAUUUUUUGCUGUUCCUGUUAUUAUCAUUGCCCGAAAUAUAAAAGACGUAAGUGAGUAAUGGACAAACUCUAUGUUGCGGAAUAGAGGACAAUAAUUAGGCAAUAUGAUUUAGAUCAGAGUAAAUGUACGUGCCACAUACUUGAUUGUUGUCAUAUUGUAAAUAUAGUUUGGAUUUAAGAAAUAAGAUUUAUUUAAGAAAACUUGAUCUUGAACUUGAACAGUCACUCCAGCCACCAAAUUACAAUAAGAUAUAUUUGUUUAAAGAAACUGCCAUGAUCUUAAGUGCCACAUAUAAAUGUGGCAAGAUAUUUUGAAUUUAAGUAAUUUAACUUUUACACUAAUAUUGUAUGAAAUAUACUAGGCCCUAUUUGCAACAUAUUUUUUUCUAUGUCAAAAUUGUUUUAUUUGUUUAUUGCUAUAAUUCAGUGUUCAAUUUGAAGUAACUAUAUUUUAAAAUGUAUGAAGAGAAAAUGUUUGAUGGUUUAGACUUUUUAAGAAUUUUUAAUAAGUGCAUUGCCAAGCUACUCUGAUUUGUUCUAAUAAUUAGAUUCUUAGUUUAAAUGUCAUGAAAACAUGUAAAUACAAUAUUAAUAAAUGGGUUUAAAAUGUCUGUGCUUGGAACGUCAUGUGGCACUGAAUAAUUUUUAUUGGUGGGAUGAACUAAAUUGAAUACUUCUUGAAGCAUUUUAAGCAACAUUGAAGAGGGAGUGAAGGUUUGAACAUAACACCAUUUAUAUUUUUUCACAAGUAAAUAUGGCAGAUAUAUGAUUUAUAUUCGGUGCAGCCUGAUUUCAAUAAAUGCCAGUUUGCAGAGU